CAGUCCUAUCAUGAAGCGUGCGCGGGAGGCGGAGCCCUCAGAGGAGAGGCCUGCGAAGAUUCGACGUGUGCCCGCAGUCGACAGGCUCUCCAACCUCAGUGACGAGCUCCUGGUGCGCAUACUUUCCUUCGGAACCGUAUCCACCCUCCUCACAGUGCAAAGGGUAUCCAAGAAGUUCGGGCGCAUAGCACUGGACUCCGAACUCUGGAAAGCCGCCUACUACAAUCAAUUCGUCCUCCCGCGCGCAUCGCGUAUAUCGGGGAUCAAGCAUGCCAAGGACGGAGGAGCGUCGGGGUAUCUGCGCUACUCGUCGAAGCUGUCCAGAUGGCUGGAUGAUGGGCACUUGGUGAAGAGGGGGAGCACAAAUUGGAAGCAUCAGUACAGGCUGCGGUACAACUGGGCGAGAGGGAAAUGCGCCGUCAGCGAGAUUGUGGUUGCGGAUCGGCCGCCGGAACCGCCGCUGCUCGUCAUGAUGCAGCAUGGAUUGAUAUAUACGGCGGAUUCCAUGUCCGGGCUGCGCGUGUGGAACUCGAAGGAUGGACGGGAGAUCAUUGCAUCGACGGCGUUGGUCGAUCUUGAAACUACGGCAGCACGUCUCCCUACAGCCAUGGCCGUCGACUCUUCCGCCAAGGGGGGAGUAAAACAGAAAGUGGUCGUAGGCUUCGAGGACGGCUCAUUCGCCAUCUACGCCCUAGAAAGAGAAGAGGGAAACCUCAUCACCCUCUUCAACCACCCUUCAUCCUCAAACGGGAUGCUCUCCGCCGUGGCCUACUCCUCCCCCUAUCUGUUAACCAUGACGGAAGACCACAUCGUCUCCCUAUACAGCUUCCAAGGCCAGGAACAGGCCGUUUCCAACCCCCUCGAUCCCCCAAAACUUCUCUACUCCCUCAGAUCCCACACCGCCUGGCCACCGGUAUCCCUAUCUCUCCGCACCAACGCAACGAGCAUGACGGCCUCGAUAGCCUACGCUCUCCCAACCUACCUCUCCGGCUGGACCGUCGGCAUCCAGGAAAUGCGCCUCUCCCACACGGGCGACCUCCUCGCCUCGCGCCUGGCCACCGCAGCAGACGGUUAUUUCCAGCCCGUAACCGGACGGCCGUCUACACUUUCAUCUCACCGAACGUCACCAACCUCCCAACCCUCUUCAUCCUCAUCCUCCUCAUCCUCCUCCUCAUCAUCAUCAACGAACAACACCUCCCCCCCUUCCCCCCACCAACCAACCUCCAUGUCCUACUCGCACCCCUACCUCCUCGUCACCCACCCAGACAACACACUCACCCUCUACCUCGUCCGCUCGACGUCUUCCUCGCUGUCCAUUGGCGCGGGGACCCGCCUGUGGGGCCAUACCUCGUGCGUGUCUGGCGCGCAGGUGGGCGGGCGCGGGAAGGCCGUGUCGGUGAGUCGGUUGGGGGAUGAGCUGCGGGUUUGGGAUCUGGAGGGGGGUUUCUCUUCUUCUUCUUCCUCUGUGUCUUGUUUUUCGUUCUCGUCGUCCUCGACGGUGGUUUCUUCAGCGGUGAGGGGGAGGAGAGGCGCGGAUGGCGAUUUUAGCGUUAGGGUGCAACCUUCUAAGGGGAGACUGUUUCCGGCCUCGGCGGCAGUUGGCGGGGAAGGAGUAGGAGAAGGAGAUGGGGCAGGUCAUGAGUCGUCGCCGUCGUCAUUGCGGGAGAGUUAUUAUGCUGGGGGGCUGAAAUUUGCGCUCGAGCAGAAGCAUGGGUUCGAUGACGAGAUGGUUGUGAAUCGGGGGUGGGUUGGGUUCGAUGAGCGGAAUGUGGUUGUUUUGAGGGAGAGGAGGCGCGCUGGUGGUUGCGGGGAUGGUGGUGAUGGGUGUGAGGGAGGUGGUGGGCAGCAGGCGCUUGUUGUGUAUGAUUUUGCUUGAUGACUUUGAGGGUGUUUGGAUACUUUGGAGAUUUUGGAGAUUUGAAACUCUUUCGAAUUUUGUCUUGGAAAUGUGGAAAUCAAAGUAUGUAGCUGGCAAGGAAGGACCGAGUAUAUGCGAUCCA